AUGAAAUCAGACAUUAUCAAACAUAUUGCCAUUCCUAUUGUUAGGGGUAUUGCUAAGAAAGAAAAACUUAACACCGAUUUACUUCGUAGAUUUAUUGAUGAAAAAGUUCUCUUUUCUUCUACUUUUGCUCAUUUCACAGAAAAGGAAAAAUAUUCAAUCAAUACGGAUUUGCUACAAUUGCUUACAUUAUUUGUAAGAUUUCUCCCUUCAACUCAACUUGAUGUUUUAAAGAAAGAGAAGAAUAUUUUCAAAUUUUGUUAUGACAAUUGUUGUAAGGAUGAUAUUACUGCAGCCCAAUGUGCAUUCGUUCUGUUUGCUCAUUUAAUGAGUAAACUUGAUCUCCCUCCCAAAUUGAUUCAACCCGUAUAUAUUGCAUUCUUAAAGGAUUGCAAGAAGGAUAAUGAUAUGCCAUCUACUCAUCAAUUGGCAAACAUUUGGACCAUAUUUAUCAGACAUGCUGAUUCAUUUUAUGAUUCCAGAGAAUGUUUUGUUUACAAGAUGAUUAAUGCUCUUUCAAAAAUUGGUUACUCUUCCAUUAAUCUUGAGAAUAAGAAACUUUACAUUCAAUUAGCGGAUACCGAUCUAUCAUCCGAUGACAGCGGAGUCAAAAAACGAAAGGUCGAUGAAGAAACUUCACUUUCUCUCUCUCCAAUUGCAUCAUCAUCGACUCAUGAAUUUACUCUAAAACCUCAAUCCAGAGGAAUUGUUUUGAACUUUCUUAUUAGAAUGUGUAUCUUUGUGAGCCAAACGAGAUCAGAAAAGCCACAAGCUCUCUAUAAGGAAUGUAUUCAAAUUUUAAAACGUUCUCUCCAGUUGUGGAAAGAUGAACCUGUUUCAUUGACUCAAGCAGAAAAAUUCUUCCCCAACUCGGAAGAAAGUGCACCUACGAUUGGUUCAUUCACACUAUCUUGUAUACUUGAGUUGAUGAAUUUACUUGUGGAAAUGAAUAGAGAUACCAUUCAGUUGAAUGCUCAAUUUGCCAAGAGAUUAAUUCCAUUCCUCACUACUCCCUACGUGGAUGUGAACAGAAAUGUUUGCAUAUUUUUUAAAACACUUUUCAAACAUUUCGAUCCUCUCAAAUCCAAUGACAAGGAUGUGAAAGAGUUUUAUGAAACUAUUUGGAAUUCUGUGAAAGAAACCAUUACGAAAUAUGCCGCUAAAGAUUUGCCACAACCAGCUGGAAAUCCAUUGAUUGAUAUAUCUCAACAUUUGGUGUAUGGAUCAUUUGGACAUUUGCUUCUCUUACAUGUAUUAUGUGAACAUUAUCGCAAUGAUGAAAUCAAACAAAACUAUUCAAAACCAGUAUGUUCAAUGUUGGGAAAGGCACUUAAGAAUGUACCGCCAGCAUCUCAAGAGAGUUCUUGGAGAGAGGUUUGUUUGGGAUAUAUUGAAUUAUGUCUUUCCUUCCUUGCAGAUGGAGUUAAUCACGAGGCAGUAUUCAAACAUUAUGGAUCAUCAAUCUAUCAGAUAAUUGAAAAGGCAGAGACUUAUAGUUACAAUAUUCUUCAUCUUGUUAUGGAUAUUGUUCUCAACUGGUUACGAACAAAUCCAUCCUCUGAACUACAAAGAAGUUAUACCUUACAACUUGAUGAUGGAUUACAAACAACGACACUCAGCAAACGAUACAAAAUACAAGAUCUUCAGAAGGCGAAUCUCCUUGCUCGGUUGGGUUACUUGAGUGAACAAUCUCAAUCGAGUGAAUUGGUUAAAAAUUUAGGAAUUGAAAAUUUCAAUCAAUUCAGAAGAGAGUACUUUAAUGUAGUGGCUGAAUUGUAUCAACAAAUUGAUGAAAUUUCAGAGAUUAGUUAUGCAAAGAAGAUUGAGUCUUGCUUUAUGGCCGGUCUAAAGAUUGAAUCAAAAGAUUUGAGAGACAUCAAAUUAAGAUUUAUUUCUAUUCUUAAUCAAAGGAUUGAAAAAACAGUACAAAAGAGACUUCAAUUUGUGAUUGAUCAUCAAAAAUGGGAACCAUUGAGUGAUCGGUUUUGGAUUAAGCAUGCCUUAGAGUUGCUUCUUGAAUCCAUUGAACAAGAGGAAAAAUUAACAUGCCAUCCCAAGAUGGCUAAAUUCCCACCUAUUUCUACUAAACCUGUCAUGACAAGUGCCAGAGGAGAAUCCAUUCAUGUUACCUCGACUGCAGCUUUGGAGAAAUUAAGAAAAAUAUUUGAAGAUCAUGAGCCAUUCUUGCAAUCCAUAUCUUCCAUCAAGACUUGUAACAUUAUUACAUCUCUCAAGACUCUAAUCCGAAGCAACACGACGAUGGUCUUAAAGACUUGGGGACAAUUCUUUGCUUUAGCAUGGAAUUCUUUGAGUAAUGAUGAAAAACCACUCCUUCAAAUUCAAAUGCAAAAAUUGGUCUCGAUCGAUUAUCACUCGAAACAAUACACCAAAUAUCCAAAUGUGAUCCAAGCACUGUUAUUGGGGAUCAACAAUGCAGUGUUGAACAAAAGAGAUUUAUCCACAUUCAACUAUUUAUCUAUUCACCCAGAAACACUCAAAUUCUUAGGAAAGUCAUUCAAUGCUUGGUCUCUUACUCUUCCAUUGCUUGAAGAAGAACUACGUUUUCUAUUUACUACUGGAUCUUUUGAUGAAAAGACUGAAAAAGUGUGUCAUUCUCUGACUGAACUCUAUAGAGUAUUGAAAGAGGAUGAUAUUCUUUGUGGAAUAUUUAGAUGUUGUGAUAUUACAGAUCAUACGAAAUUGGUGCUUUCGUUAGAGCAGAGAAAUAAUUGGUGUGAAGCCCAAGAAGCACUUAAAGAAUUGAUUAACGCUUUUCAUAAAGGAAACAUUAAGAAGAAAGUUUCACACACAGAGUUACAGCUGUGGGAAGAUCAUUGGAUUAUCUGCUCUAAAAAGCUGCAACAAUGGGACGAAUUGACAAAAUUUUCACAAUCUGCUCCUGGCACUCAUGGUUACUUUAAUUUGGAAUGUUUGUGGAAAAAUGGACAAUGGGCACAAAUGAAGGAAUUGUUCCAGAAGAAUCAAUCUCUGGAAAAUCAACUCAUGAAGUUUUAUCAUAUUUCCUAUUUGAUCAUGCAAGACAAAGAAUCAGAUGCUGGAGAUGUAUUUGCAAUUUCUCAACAACUUGCUCUUCAACGAUGGUGUGCCUUACCUUCGUUUAUUUGUGGAAAUCACACCUCCAUGUUACAAUGCUUUCAACAAUUGUAUGAGUUGAAUGAGUCUGCUUCUCUUCUUAAUGACACCAAAAGACCUCUCACAACACAUGAAUUGAAAGGCUUUUUAACCACUUGGAGAGAUCGACUUCCAAACAAAUAUGAGGAUAUUACUGUGUGGAAUGACAUAUUUACUUGGAGAUGUCACUUGUUGAAGAAAGCCAUUGAAAGAUUUGAUCAGAAGGAAGAGUAUAGUCAUCACAGAGCUCUUCUUCUCAAUGAAACUAUUUGGUCUCUUCACAAAUUUGCCAAAAUAGCUCGAAAACAAAACUUUAUUGAGCCAGCAUUGAAGAUGCUUGCAGAAACUGGAAAGCUAUUACCAACGCUCACAAGUGAAACAAGUGAAGUCUUUGUUCGAAUCAUUGAAGUGAUCAAAAGUUUAAUGAAAGAUAGAAGAUACAAUGAUGUAUUGGAUUAUAUUGAAUCUGACACGAUUGCAAACACCAAGAUCAAGACCAUUCAAAAGAUGGAAAUUUUAAGAUUGAGAGGAGAAGUAUUUUCCACUUGUGGAAGAUAUGAUGAAAGUUAUCAAACAUUUGCUCAAUCUAUUUCAUACUUCCCACAAGAACAGAAAUUCAUUUCUUCUGUGACAAGUACACCUGCUUGGGGAAAGAGUUUCUUCCAAUGGGCUCUUGUUUUGGAUAAAUUAUUUGUAGAGAAAUGGAAUUCACCAACAAGACAUCAACGUCAAAAGCAAAAUUCAACCAAACACCCAACUCAGUCCAUGACAGCUCUUGAAUUUGCAGAAAAUUGUGUUGCUGCCUAUUUACUUGCAAUUCGAUAUUCUGGAGGCGCUACAAAUCAUCAAACGAUUCAAGCUUCUGGAGCUACUGUUCGACAAUAUAUUGGUCGAGUGUUGUGGUUACUUUCCUACGAUGAACCUGCUUCAAAUGAUAAGACCAAGGGUGGAUCUAAUGUUGAUUAUCCUCUUCAUAGAGUUGCUGAGAAGUGUAUUAACGAUAUUCCAGCUUGGAUGUGGAUUCCAUGGCAUCAGCAAUUGUUCACCAUGUUGCAUCGAAGGGAGUGUGAAGCUUCAAUCGCAAAGCAAUUGUUAAAGGCCUGUCAACCGACUGCAACUAGUACUGCUGGAUCAACCAAUCCAUCUAGUUCAGAAUCCAACCCUAACACGGCAGCUCCUUUAAGAGGUAGUAGUGCUAAUAUUCAUGUUUCAAUUAUUAAUAAGAGUGGAACGUCUAGUGGUGACUCAAAUAUUCCAGCAGGUCCUAAUGCUGUGUAUUUGGAAACAUUUACAAAGAUUAGAAGGAAACUUGACGAUAUCAUGCAUGAUGGUAACAAGGUGCUGUUCAGUGAUUUAGAAAGCAUGUUUAAGGAGUUAACCAAAUACAAAUCGGAAAGUGAGGAAGAAUUGACCAAAUCUCUCGAAUUAAUGCUUGAUAAGGCAUAUACUUUUAACAUUUAUGAAAACGCUGACACUAUGGUAGAUGAAGACUCUCAGGAAGAUGACCUUCACUUUAUUCCAAAGGAGUUGACAGAUUAUGCCAAAAGAAUUGCAGAUACGUACUUUGCAGAUCCACCUGCACAAUCUACAAAUCCUCAACCUGUUCCAAAACCUCAAUUUAUUCUUGAUUGUCAAAGCAAUGUCAUUACAGAUAUUCUUCCAAGAAAAGAAAGAAGAGACAUGGCUAAAUCUUUGAAAUAUGUUGAAAAGACAUUGGAUGCAGUGGGUCCAAGAAAUUUAUUAGAACUCACUAAAAAUCUUAAACAUUGGAUUUGUUACUUUAGACGAAAGAUUAAUCUGUUACCAACUGAGAUUGGAAUUGAAAAUCAAAAACCUAAAUUAUUGGAGCAUAAAACCAAUGUAGAAUUGGAAGUACCGGGCCAAUAUGAGCUCACAAGUGAUAGAGAGCCAUUCUCAGAAAGACAUGAAAAGAUUCUUUGUCUGUUACCUUCUGUGAGUAUGAAAGGUAGAAAGAACAAGGAGAAUGAAAGAGUUAUUGCUUUGAGAAGUGUCUCAGGAAAAGUUUUUAGAUUCUUUAUUCAAUCCACAAGCAAUGCUGAGCCACUUACUUUGAAAACAGAAGAAAAAGUCUCAUCUUUGAUAAGACACAUUAAUCGGUUAUUGGACAAGGACAGAACUGCAAGAAGUCACAACAACAUUCAUAUUGAAUAUCCUAUAACUGUGACCACAAAUCAAAGAAUUCGUCUCGUACGCAAAGAUUAUGAACUCAUUUCCUUGGAGGAUAUAUUCUAUGAUUAUUGUGAGUCUAUUGGUAAAUCUAUUGAUACUCCACUUAUUAAAUAUUGGAAGGAAAUGGACAAGGCAUGCAAAACUCAUAUCAAUGAGUUUGAGAAUAAGCUCAAUGUUUAUCAAACCUUUGUGGAACAAAGUGACAAGAUACCAGAUGAUAUUUUGUUAAAUUAUAUUAGAAGUAUUUGUCCAAGUUGGUCUGAAUUUUAUAGCAUAAGAAAGACAUUUGGAGUACAAUCAGGAGUUUAUAAUAUUUUCAGUCAUCUCUUACACACUAAGGACAGACAUCCAUACAAGAUAUUAAUAUCCAAGAAUAGCGGACAUUUAAUGCAAUUUGAUUAUAGACCUAAUAUGCACAAAUCAAGUGGUAUUAUUCAAAGAGAUGAUCCAACACCAUUCAGAUUCACUAGAAAUAUUUCUCAAUUCCUUUCUCAAUUUGGUGUUGAAGGUUAUUUGUUGAAUACCAUGUCUGCUGUUGCUUGUUCUCUCUCUGAAAAUAAGGAUUUAUUUGAAACAUUAAUGCAACUAUUUAUUAGAGAUGAAUUGAUCUCCUAUCAUAACUUUAAUGUUGAUCUGUUGAGCAAUGAGAGUAGUACACCUACUGGAGAAAAUAGAUUUUUAUUUAACGAUGAGUUGAUGAGAAGUUGCGUUCAGCAAAAUGUCGACCACAUUCUUGAAAUGGUUAGAGAAUUAGCUCCAGCCAUUCCAACUCACUUAAGCUGCAAUCCACCUCAAACAUUACCAGUGAAGAAGAAAUCAAAGAAAGAUACUGCAACCUCUGAAAGUGCAACAAGUGAAGUAUCAACACCUUCUUCCAUCACAACUCCAUCAACGCCAUCCAUGUCGAGCAGCGCAACAACCACUACUGCUACGUCAUCAAUGACUGUCACACCUUUCGCAAACGCUACCAGUCUUUUGGAUCUACCACCUCUCAAUUACAAGGUUUAUGAGCUUAUCCAACAAGCAUCUUCUGCAGAAAAGUUGUGUAUGAAAGAUCCAAUCUAUUAUCCUUGGUUCUAA